CAAAAUAAUAAUUCAAAACACAAGAAAACAAGUUCAUCCUUUUUGAGUUUUCCCUCUGAUUUUUGUUUGUAUUUUCUGUUUAUCAAAAUCUCUUGAUUUGAAAUUUAUUCUUCUUCUUCUUCUUCUCCUUCUCCUUCUCCCUUCAAUGAUCCAAACCCAAAAUGUCUCUACUCGCCGGAUUCUGACAUUUCCGGCGGUCCAUCCAUGUGAGGACAUCCGUCCCUACACUAUCCUAAACUCGCUCAUUUCUCUUGCUCGCCACAUCUGUAGUUACCGAUCCAAGUUUUUCGCCUCUAACAAGCGAAACGCAAGUGAGUCCUUUCGCCAAAUUGGGGUGAUUCUCACUUUUCUUGAAGAAAUCCGUGAAUGGGAUUCGGAUCUUCCCGGUUCCGUCGUUCUGGGCUUCUCAGAGCUCCAUGUGGUCUUCCAGAAGGUUCGGUUCUUGUUGGAGGAUUGUACCAGAGAAAGUGCUCGGGUGUGGAUGCUGAUGAAUUCGGAUCACGUGACUAACCAAUUCCGUUUCUUCUCCCGGGCGAUCGCGACGGCUCUGGACGUUCUGCCGAUUGCCCUGAUCGACGUACCGGUCGAUGUUAAAGACCAUGUUGAUUUGGUUAUGAGGCAAGCGCGGAAAACGAGGUUCGACGUCGAGUUCAAUGAUAAACAGGUCAUGGAGGUGGUUCGAGCCGUUUUGAGUGGAUUCGAACGUGGGUUUGUCCCGGAUAAGGGUGGUCUCAGAUGGGUUCUUGAUUAUCUUGGAAUUCAAAACUGGAGCUCAUGCAAUAAGGAGGCGAUGUUCUUGGAUUCAGAGAUUGAGCUCGAGAGCUCAAACGACGAAAAGAAAGAGUUGGGUAUGCUCAGUAGUCUACUGGGGUUCGUUUGCUAUUGUCGUUGCGUGUUGUUUGAUGUCGUUGAAGGUGAGCCCAAUCGACAAUCCACUGGAAACUGUAGAAGUGAAGUGUUGAAUGGUAUCAAUUCAGAUGAUCUCCGGUGCCCAAUAUCGUUAGAUAUAAUGGUUGAUCCCGUAACGAUAGCUUCUGGGCAUACGUAUGAUCGUUCUUCCAUCACCAAAUGGUUCAGAGCAGGAAAUUCAACCUGUCCUAAGACAGGUGAAAAGCUCAAGAACAAGGAAAUAGUACCUAAUUCGGCUCUUCGGGGUUUGAUUCAGCUGUAUUGCUCUCAGAAAGGCAUUUCAUUUGUUGAUUCAUGUCACAGAAAUCGCCACGUUAAGAAGGCGGUGUUCGCUGGGAGUGUGGCUUCUGAAAAGGCCAUGAAAAUGGUUGCAGAUUUUCUUUCGGUCACACUUGCAGUUGGAACAGGAAUAGAACAAAACAAAGCUGCUUAUGAAGCCAGGAUUCUCUCCAAAACAAGCGUUUGUAAUAGGUCUUGUUUGGUUGAAGCUGGUGUAAUCCCACCAUUGUUAAAUCUAUUGCUUUCAGCAGAUUCACUGUCCCAAGAGAAUGCCACUGCUGCCCUUUUGAACCUCUCCAAGCAUUCCAAAGGCAGAGCCACAAUCGUCCACGAAGGGGGUCUGGAAGUACUCAUAGGUGUAUUGAAGAAGGGGGUCAACUCAGAAGCAAGACAGUAUGCAGCUGGCACGCUGUUUUAUCUUGCUUCAGUUGAGGAGUACAGGAUUUUGAUUGGGAACAUUACAGAGACAGUUCCAGCUUUAACUGAGCUCAUAAAAAAUGGAACCGGUAGAGGCAAGAAAAAUGCCUUAGUUGCCAUUUAUGGACUCCUGGCACACCCUGGAAAUCAUAGGAGUGUGGUAGCAGCUGGGACAGUGCCUCUGCUUGCUAAUCUUUUGAAAUCUUCUGAUACAGAAGAUGACCUUGUCACAGAUUCACUUGCAAUUCUAGCGACUCUUGCUGAAAAACCAGAUGGAACAACUGCGAUUUUGCGCCAUGGAGGUUUGGAUUCAAUCAUGGAGAUUCUGAAUUCCAUUAGUUCUAGGACAGGGAAGGAGUACUGUGUAUCUUUGCUGCUGGUUCUUUGUAGAAAUGGUGGAAGAGAUGUGGUUGCUCUAUUAUCCAAUAGCCCUUCUCUAAUGGGAUCUUUAUAUUCCCUACUAAGUGAAGGUACAUCUCGAGCUGCCAAGAAAGCGGGUGCUCUCAUCAGGGUCCUCCAUGAAUUCUACGAAAGAAGGUCUUCUGGCAUGAUGGCUCCUUUACUUUCACAGGAACGAUCUGUUCACGUAUGGUAACCCAAAUUUUAUAGGGUAUCCCUUCGUGUUGUGUAGAGAUAUAAGUCGUGGUAUUAGCUCAGUUUUUGCAAGAGCUGAUAACUAUAUGUAUCAGCUUCUGGUUUGAUGAAGCUUUGUAUAAAUCUAUGUACACACUACAACAUUAUAUUGUAAUUAUUUUCUCUUU